AUGAUUAUAAAAAGUAUAACGAAUCCUUAUAAUCCAGAAUGUUUCGAACUCGGAAACAAUUCAAGUGUACAAGAUUCUAAUUUUAAUGUUACUGAUGUCACAGUGUUUUUAGUACACGGAUGUAACGGCAACGGAUGGAAUAGUAUGAAUAACUUAUUAACUAAAGCAUUCCUCGAAGAUAACGACGUGAAUGUCAUAGUUGUGGAUUGGAGUAAACUUGCUAAUAAAAACUAUAUCACAGCCAAAUUAGGCGUACCAGAUGUGGGAACAGCCCUUGGACAAUUUAUAAACUGGCUUGUAACGUUAGGAGUAAGCUAUGAUACAGUACAUUUGGUUGGCUUCAGUCUUGGCGCCCAUGUAGUGGGUAAUGCAGGAAGGGAGACAAACUCACGCGUUAGGCGGAUAACUGGUUUAGAUCCAGGCGGUCCAUUAUGGAAGAAUGACAAAAAUAGAUUAAUGCCGAGUGACGCACAAUACGUCGAAGUCAUUCACACUAACACAGCCUUGUAUGGAUACGGAGAUCCUUGCGGUGACGCUGACUUUUAUCCCAAUGGCGGCUAUAAAAUGCCCGAUUGUAUCCUUAAUUACUGUUCUCAUCGACGAUCAUACGAAUAUAUGGCUACAACACUUGAAAACAAUCGCUUCUUGGCAAACGAAUGCAAUAAUCUUCAAGAUGUCCUCGAGAACACUUGUACUGGUACUCUCUAUCCUAUGGGCAAAAGUGAUUUAACGAAAUCUAGGUCCGGAAUAUUCAGAGUGAACACUUGAAAAAACCAUUUCGAUGAUUUUGAAGGCAACAUUUAUCUUGUGGAUUUCUU